AAAUGCCGCCGUGCAGAUGAGCGGAUGAAAUCAUGGAGAUAGUGUUGCGCUUUCCAUCGCACUUUAGGGUUAGGGUUCUUAGUGCCAUGGAAGGACGAGGAGGAGGAGGUGGUGCCAAGCGCCUGCAAUCCAAGGUCAUUUCCUCGGCGGAUGGUGCGAACCACAGAAGGAAGGACAAGUGGGCGACUGAGAGGCAUGAGCUUCCUGUGGAAGAAGAGGGGAGGGGUCGACGCCGCUUGCAAGACCCUGUUGCUCUCGAAGACGCCAACAAUGCCGAGGAGGGUGGAAGGCGGCCGAAAAGAGGGAGAUUUGAGACUCAAAAUGGAGAGAAUCCCGAGUUCGUCCCUCGUGCGGGAGCUUUCUUCGAGCACGAUGAUCGGAAUAGCAACUGGCGCUCACGGACAACUCCCAGGCGCAGGCCAUUCGGCGAAGGAAGUCGGCCGGAGGAUCGAGGGCCAGUUCGGAAGCCUCCUGAGGAGCGCUGGGAAGGAGGAAAUCCCGAAGCUCCAGGCAGAAGAAACCAGGCAGAUCGGUGGCACCACGAUCGGUUCUUGGAGCUCGAAAACAAGAAAGGUGGCAGACUAAACGGCCCUCCCCCGAGGUUCAGAGACGGUGACAGGAUGGCAGGCAGAAGAGGUGGAUUCCCGCGAGUGAAUGGCAGAGGCAACGUUGUGGCAACUCAGAUGGAACGAGGGCGAUGGGGGGAGGAAGAAGCCGGAGGAAGGAACGCCAUAGCCAGGAACAACAACAACAACAGGUUUCGCGGGCCUGUGGUGGCGAAUCCCAGGGGCGCUGCUGCUAGCGAAUGGAAACACGACCUCUUCGACCAGCGGAACCACAGCCCAGCGGCACAGAGGGAAGAAGCCAGCGUCGCUAGAGUGGAGGCUCUCUUGGCGUCGUGAAGCUCAGCCAUGGUGACGAAGAUAGAGGAAGCUUUGCUCGCUCCAUGGCUUCCACGCCUCGUCGAGCCAGUUCAUCCAGGACUGUGGCUUUGGAACGGUAGCUCCAGAUGGAAAGCUCGUCACGGCGAUGGCCACUGGUGGAUUCACUUUAUAGAUCAUACAGGAACUAGAUCACUGUCGAAGACGACCAUGUAAGCUUUUCAUUUUGACAUAGAUUUCACUUAAAUC